AUGCGAUGCGCGAGCAAGGCCGCCGAGAGCGCGUCUGCACGUCUCUGCGCGGAUGCCGAAGCAGAAACCACAGCAACUGAGGUCUCAUCGGUUGCUGAAGCGACUCAGCCUGUGUCACUUGGCGAUGCAGAUGCUGGUCAUGAAGUCACUCAUGUCUUCACAGAGUAA